AUGGAUCCUUUUGAUAGCUCCCUUGAUCCUGUAGCUACUUUCAAAAGAUGCGCGACUACAUUUUUGGUUGUAGGUGCUCUUCUUUUUAUUGUGGAUGCCCAAGACGAGUAUGUGGAUUCACUGAAGAAGAUGUCCGAGAACUUCACACAGGCUUUUCGAAUCAAUCCAAAUAUCAAAUUCGAAGUCUUCAUACAUAAGGCUGAUGGGUUGACUGAGGAGAGCAGAGUUGAUGCACAGUAUGAUAUCUAUCACAGGGUCAAAUGUGAGCUUGCUGAGCAAGGACUUGAAGACUUCAAUGUGACCUUUCAUCUCACAUCUAUUUACGAUCACUCUAUCUUCGAAGCAUUCUCGAAGGUUGUACAAAAUCUUGUGAAACGACUACCUACUUUGGAGCGGUUACUCGAUAUUUUCAAUCAGGGAUCGAAUGUGGAGAAAUCGUUCUUGUUCGAUGUUGCUUCAAAGAUCUAUAUAGCUACCGACACUACACCUGUUGAAAUGGCAGCUUAUGAGUUAUGCUGCGAUAUGAUAGAUGUUACAAUAGACAUAUCUGGCAUAUAUGGUGAUGGGCCUUUCUGCUUUUCAAAAGUUUUUUUUUGUUUCAAUUCUUGCAUAAUACUGUUUACAAACGUCAUCAUGUACAUCUUUAUCAAAUACAUCGAUUUUUGUUUAAGAGCGAAAGAAAAUGACGGUGAAGUGCAAAAUCCUUUCGAUGACAACUCUUAUGCCGUCAUACGGCUUAAGACUGAUCAGGUGAUGUUCCUUCGUCAGCUGAAUAAACAUCUUGCUUUAGUAUGCGUUAUAAGGGGUGAAAAUUUUGAGAAACAAGGUCUGAUAGAUUACAACUUCAACUGCUUCAAAGAGGUGUGCUUUGAAUAG